CUUUGUACAACUUUGCUAUUGCGGACGAAAAACUGUGGCCCUCGAUGUACACAAAAGAAGUCCAAUGAAUCCACAUGACAACACGCGUUCAGAUAUCUGGGAUGGAAAAGAAAUAUGGUCCUUUAAUCUAAAGGAACAAUCAGAACAAUCAGAUAUUGUCAAAGAAAGAUAUUUUACCUUACAACAUCCGGUGGGGACACGACAAAAGAUGGAAGAGGGUACACGAUUUCAUACACAAACUUUUCAGGCCGUUACUUUUCCUACGGACAUAUCGCCGUGUUCAACUACUUAUUACCGAGAAAAAGUUAUAGUGGAUUGUUCAUACAAAGGAAUUAACGUAGUUAAUUCUUCCUGGUUUGAAUCGAAU